AUGUCGCUCCUUCAUAAUGAAGAUUUUACGAUCUGGCAAUUACGCUCGUCAUAUCUGUCUACGAUUAAAGAUGGCAUCGGAGACCGGUUGAUCAAUGUCAACAACUCCGUUCUCAAUACCCCUGGCUUUCGCGCCGCGGGCUGGUCUUCCGCGUCCGCGAACCCCAACAUCCAGAGCGCCUCCAGUCUCAAACGCACCUACUCUCCACCUAUCCCUACCACGGCUGCUGUUUCCUCGGAAUAUUAUCGGCUGGCUACUCGAGAUGCGAACGGUGCACGGGACGACGUGCUCGGCCUCGACGACGGCGAAGACGAAGAAGGGGGGAUGGUCACCGGGAAAAGCAACAUGGAUGUGAUUGGACGACGACAUCAUGGACGAGGUACAAAGAAAAAAGGGCGCCGGGAAAGACACCAGCAAGAAACCCAGCGGCCGACCGAGCCAGAGGACGAGGAUAGCAGUGACCUAAGUGACGAUAGCGACGAUGACGAGAACAAUGUUCACCGGGCGGUCGAUGCAAUCAAAUUCUCUAAGAUGCCCAUCAACCGCAAUCGGGCUGACUCGUCCCCAAUCCGCUCGACAGAGGACCGUGAUCGGCCAGAGGUGAUGGUCACAGCCCCAACACACAAUCAAGGCGCGGGCCACUAUCGUACAGGAUCUCUGGGAAACGUAUCGGCGAUCAAAGGGCAGCGCCCACGCCGAGACACGACUACUAGCAGUGACAUGUCAACGGACAACGAAGGCGACCCUCAAAAUUACAAACCUGGAUCAGUUCAAUUCUCCUCAAAUGAUCAAGUGGUCGAUCGUCCCCGUACACGGCGCCAGCGAACUGGAAGCCGAGGUGCGGAGAGCUUAGCCCUGGGAGAGUUGACUGAACAAGCCGAAGAUUCGGGCGCCGAAUCUGUUGGGUCUGCCCUAUCGUCCGAGUUUGAUGAUGGUACUGCUGGCUCUGGGUCCAUGCUCCUGGCCGGGGUGGGCAUUGCUGGAAGUUUGGAUUCGUCGCCUAUGGCUUUGAUGCACAAGCUUCCUAGUGGGACAGGACCCCAGAACACGUCGCCACGCAAGACAAAAGUUCUGGCCCCCGAACUACAUGAUCUUCCUCCGCCACGGCCUAUCAGCACCAUUCAGCCAGUCAGUUUAUUAACUCGUCAGCUCAAAGCUCGCAAGCGCGCACCAAGCAAUCCGGUUGAGAAGUUUAUGGUUCUCUCGGGACAAAGCCCGGAUGACUCGUUGUACUUGAAAAUAUACGUGCCGUUUUCCUCGGAUCCAGAAGAUCCACUUGACCUGCCGCUCAUGCGAGAGUCCAAACUGGCCAAACAGCCGGCCCCAGUCACUGUCUCUGAAGCGAUCGGUGCGGCGCUCUGGAAAUACUCCGAAGAUGCGCGAGGCCCAUCUAUCAACCGCGAAAAGUUGACGGUUAAUCGAUGGACGCUUCGCAUGGUGGAAGAUGGGGAAGUGGAGUUCGACUUUCCAGCGCUGGGACGAACGCUGCCGAUGACGGAUUUCACUUCGAAUAACAACCAAGCGAGCAAGGCACGGGGUCGGUCACGAGGAAGGCCUUACGAUGAGUUUGCGCUCGUGGAGGCCUCUGAUUCGGAAUUUGAGGAAAACGAACGACUCUAUCCGCAGUUCAGUCAGAGUCUUGGAUCUGCUGAGGGCGACCAACCUGCAAAUCUGGCAGCACCAGGCACCCAGUCUACUUCACAAAGCAAAGCAACUGCGGCUCGCCAAAACCCCAUCUUAGGCCCUUUCUCGUCUGCCUUGAAUGACAGCACACUUACACCUGCGGAUCGUCCUGCUGUGCCAAUCUCCCACGCCACCCCCCGUCUCGGUGUCUCGAAGACCCUGAAGGUCCGGUUCAUCAACCUGGAAGCAUCGGCUCACGCCAUGACGAUCAACACGACCUCGGACAGCUAUAUUGCGGAGAUCCUUGACUCGGUGUGCAAGCGCUGGGGGCUUGAUAAAGGGAAUUACCUUCUCAAGGUGGUGGGAUCCAAUACCAUCGCACCGUUGGAUCGCACCGUAGAAGCACUGGGACCUAUCACAGAUCUCGACCUUGUUCGCCGUCGGUUUGGGGCUGGUCCUCUGACAAUGGGCGGUUCUCCCGGCAGCUCGUCCCCCAACGCGCCGCUGAUGGUCGAGAGCCAACCUCCAACGACAGUCAAAAAGGGCAAAAAAGAAGCAAAGCGCAUGCUACCCUCGCUGACACAAAAACAAGACCUUAUUGGAGGUUACUACCGACGCUACCAUGUCUUCCGCAAACAGUCCAUGUCUUUUACGGCAUCAAAUCACCGCAUUCUGACCUUUGACAACGACUACAUGCACAUCAUGCCAGGAGAGUCGGGUAAGGCCGGCUCCGACGGCAAAACACGCUCCAUCAGCUUCAACGAUGUGGUGGGCUGCAAAGUCAGUCGUCGACAUCCCAAGAGUUUCCGGGUGGUGGUGCUGCGCGGCAACGAUGCGACGGAGCAGAAGCGGUAUGACUUUGAGGCGCGGAAUGCACUGGAGGCUGUUGAGAUCGUGGACGAGAUCAAGAAGAACAUGGCGCAUUAUCGGAUUUGA